UUUCCCAACUGUUUUGAUUUUUUCAUUUUAAUUGUCAUGUAUUUUCUCAUGUAGCACUUACCCAUCUCAGAAUCUUCUACAUAUUUACUAUCCUUGUUUUCAACGUGUUUUUUGAUCCAAUAAUUUCAAUUUUCAACAAUAUCAAUGGUUUGUUUAUUACAAGUAUUAACUUAGAUUCAGAACUAGUGUUCGUAGCUGUAAGUUGUUGAAAACUUUGCCAGCUGUUUCAGCGGAAGAAAGUAAAAAAAAUGUGUUUUUGAGUGUUUGAAUGUGCAAUUGGAAUCUGAUCACAUGAUUAUGAUGUGGCUGUGCUUGCAGGGUUUGAUUGAUAUAUGUGCUGUGAGUUGGGUUCCUGUGACACUAGCUGGUAAGAAGAUGGAUAAAGAAGGUGGUGCAAACCAUGGUGAUUAUGUGCAUGAUAUAGAAAAUGAAGGUCCAUUGGAUGGGAAUGAGGAGAUUGGAAGGUACUGGUCAGGGUUAUCUGACAAAAAUGUGAGCUAUUCAAAGCCACUUCUUGUGAAGAGGGCUAACACCACAUCCCAGAUUGCCAUUGUUGGUGCCAACCUCUGCCCUAUUGAAAGCCUUGACUAUGAGAUUUUUGAUAAUGAAAUAUUUAAGCAGGACUGGAGGUCCAGGAAGAAGGUUCAGAUAUUACAAUAUGUGAUGCUUAAGUGGGGAUUUGCUCUUCUUAUUGGAUUAGGUACUGGACUGGUUGGCUUCUUUAAUAGUUUUGCAGUUGAGAACAUAGCUGGUUUCAAGCUACUUAUGACAACAAGUCUCAUGUCUAAACACAGAUAUCUUGAGGCUUUUCUUGCAUAUACUGGUGUGAAUAUAUGUUUAGCAGCUGCUGCUGCAGCACUAUGUGCUUUCAUUGCUCCAGCAGCUGCAGGCUCUGGCAUUCCAGAGGUAAAAGCAUAUCUCAAUGGUGUGGAUGCUCACUCUAUCCUGGCUCCAAGCACCCUUUUUGUGAAGAUUUUGGGUUCCAUCCUUGGAGUUUCUGCUGGAUUUGUGGUCGGCAAGGAAGGACCUAUGGUACAUACAGGUGCAUGCAUAGCUUCUUUACUGGGGCAAGGUGGAUCUCGCAAAUAUCACUUGACUUGCACUUGGCUCAGGUAUUUCAAAAAUGACCGAGACCGGCGAGACAUGAUUACUUGUGGUGCAGCUGCUGGUGUUGCUGCUGCCUUUCGUGCACCAGUAGGUGGUGUCCUCUUUGCCCUUGAAGAGGCAGCUUCAUGGUGGAGGAGCGCUCUUCUAUGGAGGACAUUUUUCACAACGGCAGUAGUUGCUAUUGUUUUAAGAGUUGCAAUUCAGUUUUGUGCCACGGGGAGAUGUGGGCUAUUUGGGGAAGGUGGUCUCAUAAUGUAUGACAUUGGUUCGGCCAAUGUAACAUAUAAUGUUGGUGAUAUAUUAGCAGUAGUGAUUUUGGGAAUCAUUGCUGGCAUUCUUGGAAGCCUAUAUAAUUACCUUGUGGAUAAGGUUGUUCGUACGUAUAGCAUCAUCAAUGAAAAAGGUCCAGCUUACAAAAUCUCUCUUGUUGUCACAAUUGCUCUUUUGACAUCAUGUUGCUAUUAUUUCCUACCAUGGAUUGCAAACUGCACCCCUUGUCCCGCUAAUGUGACAGUGAACUGUCCUUCUAAUGAUGAGUCUGGAGAUUACAAAAGCUUUCAAUGUCCACCAGGCUACUACAAUGAUCUUGCUUCUCUCUUUCUAAACACCAAUGAUGAUGCUAUUCGUAAUCUAUUCAGCCCCAAGAUAACCAAAGAGUUUCAUAUUUCUAGUUUGUUUAUCUACUUUGCUACUAUUUACUGUCUUGGUAUAGUCACUUAUGGUAUUGCUAUUCCAUCUGGACUCUUCAUUCCUGUGAUACUUGCUGGUGCUGGCUAUGGCCGUCUUAUUGGUCGGCUCUUUGAACCGAUCACCAAGCUUGACAGAGGACUCUUUGCCUUACUUGGAGCUGCUUCCUUCCUUGGUGGCACCAUGAGAAUGACAGUUUCUAUUUGUGUCAUAUUGCUUGAGCUCACUAAUGAUCUCUUGUUACUUCCACUUGUGAUGUUGGUCUUGUUAGUCUCAAAAACUGUGGCUGAUAAUUUCAACAAGGGUGUCUAUGAUCAAAUACUUAAGAUCAAAGGACUUCCUUAUUUGGAGGCUCAUGCAGAACCUUACAUGAGGAAUUUAGUUACAAGGGAUGUUCUCUCAGGUCCACUAAUAACCUUUUAUGGCAUUGAAAAGGUGGGGAAUAUACUACAUGCUUUGAAAACUACAGGGCAUAAUGGGUUUCCUGUCAUUGAUGAACCACCUAUUUCAGAUGCACCAGAGUUGUGUGGGCUUGUACUGAGGUCUCACUUACUAGUGUUACUGAAGGAGAAGUCUUUUUCAAGCGAAAGGGAUCUCGCGGAUCAAAGUAUCUUCCAAAGAAUUUCAGCAUUAGAUUUUGGAAAGGCAGGAUCAGGGAAGGGCAUCAAACUAGAGGAUCUUGAUAUCCAAGAGGAAGAGAUGGAUAUGUAUGUUGAUCUCCAUCCCAUAACUAAUGCAUCUCCUUAUACUGUGAUUGAGACAAUGUCACUUGCCAAAGCUGCUAUUCUUUUUCGUCAACAUGGACUCAGGCACAUGUGUGUUGUUCCAAAAAGCCAAGGGAGACCUCCAAUUGUUGGGAUUCUAACACGCCAUGAUCUUAUGCCAGAGCAUGUUUUGGGACUUUACCCCAAUAUUGUGCCUCACAAAUGACAAUGAGGGAUCUCAAUGAAAAGAAAUUCUUUCUUGUGUGUUGAAGUGCUGCACUCAUUAGUUGCAGCUGAUCAGAGCUAUUAUAUACAUUGGAGUGCAAUAAUUAUUCACAAAAAACAUGAAGCAAAAUAUUGCAUAAGAUGUGGCUGCUGCUGCCUAGUUUUGAUGCGUUAUUUAGUUACUGUGUCAAUAUAUAGAUUGUUAAUAUCUAUUUUAAAAAUUCAGCUUGUUACUUUCAGAUAGACACUUAUAAAACCCAGAAACCAGUUGAAGUAUACGGUUAAUAAAGAUCUCUUCUACAUGUAUCUUGUUUGAUUUUUAGGGAUGAAGUUAUCAAACUUAAUGAUUAAAUGUUAAUUGUAUAGGAUUUAAAUAUAUUUUUAAUUCCGACAAAUUAUUUUAAUUUUGGUUUUGAUCCUUAUACUAGUCCUUAUGGCUUUGUUAGUUUUGGUUUUGAUUUUUCACCAGCAAUAUGUCACCCCACGCAUUCUUAAAGAAAAUCGUCAAAAUUAUGUUUGGGAUGAAGUUAUACCCCUAUUUGUUUGAUAUUAGUACCAAAUUGUGUGCUAGAUUGUAAAAACUUAUUAGAGCAUAAUUGCUCCAAAUUUUGUUUUUAACAAAUAUAUCAAUGUGAAUUGGGU